UGUCGGUCGUGUUCUGUCGUGGACGCUACGUGAAUCGCAGUGCGCUUCGGUAAAAACUUGAUGAAAGAAUAGACGCACCUUUUGUGUUUCCGUGUUUCGAGUUUCGGACGCGCGCCAAUUUGCGGAACAAGCAGACAGUUUUUACGGUAGUCUGAACAUCAAUCGUGCAAAAACGUGAAAGACGACGCCGUCCCGCGUCCGUUCCUUUUUUUUUUUUGAAAAAAAAAGUCCGUUUUGUUUUUGGGCGUGCCCCCCGACGGAUACCUGAUUUCGCGUGCUCGGAUUUCCACGCGUGGAAUUUUAAACAAAAAAAUAUGGCUGAAAUGAAAGAUGUUGUUUCUUCGCUUCUUGGCCAAUGGGCCGUCCCCGCUCUUAAAUUCAUCCAGAUCUUCCUGGCCAUCAUUUGCAUCGUCUUGCUACGCUAUUACAACCUAUCCUUCGGCGGGGAAUACAACCAGGCCUCUUAUCACGAUCGUUACCUCUUCGGCGUGAUGACUAUUGGUGGUAUGCUCCUCGUCACCAUUCCCAUCUUCGUGGCCCACCUCUUCGGAUCGGAAAUUCGCCCAGGAUUGGAUUUGAUAUACUCCCUGAUGGGGUUCGUCCUCUUUCUGACGGCUGGAAUUCUAUCCCUCGAUUUCUACGUCAUCUACCGCAACCGGCCAGGAAACUUGAAUGCGGGUCGAUCACUCGGGUCGAUGCUGAUCAUCAAUUCUUUUUUCUUCCUGCUCAACACAAUCGUUUCUUUGGUUCGGAUUUUCCUAAAGUGAAA